ACAUUAUUCAAUUUACGCUUGUUUUUAUACAAGUUAUGUCUUAAGCUUGAACUAGUUAUUACAUAUUUAUUGAAUUAAAUGUGUCAUUUUCAAUAAUGUUUAAAAUUUUGUUAUAUUUCGUUUUAAUUGUGUCAAGCUGUCACUGUAAAGUUAUCCUGGAGUUUAUGCAUAAGAAAGUAGAUUCUGAGUCACCAACUGUCACAAAUAGUUCAAAAAUAACUGGGAACGACGAGGAAAAAAUAUUUGCUCAAAAGGAUGACUCAGAUAAUGAAUUAGAUAGUAAUAUUAACAAAAACAAAUAUAUUGAUAUAAAUAUUAAUCUUCCAACUCAUGCGCCAGUUUCUACAGACAUUAUUAGAAAUAACAAUAAAACUGCUAAAGGAGACGACUCUGAGAAUGAAAUAAACAACGAAGUAGACGUAACCACUGAUGCAAUCAUAAAGGAAAAUACAGUAGACAAUGGAACAGCACUAAUACUAACCCCUUUCAUUGAGACCGAUCAAAUUGAUGAAGCUCGGAAUGCUUGCAAAGUGGAUCCGACUCUAUUCUUGGGAGUAAAUAGUUAUUCAGGAUUUUUCACAGUGAACAAGACUUAUAACUCCAACGUAUUCUUCUGGUAUUUUCCAGUAGAAAACAAACCGGUCAAUGAAACUCCGUGGAUUAUUUGGUUGCAAGGUGGCCCUGGAGCGUCCAGUUUGACCGGACUUUUUGAUGAAAUUGGUCCAUUUAGGAUUGAUUAUAUUGGUACUUUGAAACGUAAUCCAUACUCUUGGUUGCAGAAUCAUUCUUUAGUGUUUAUUGAUAAUCCAAUCGGAUCAGGAUAUAGUUUUACAAACAAUGCAGAAGGCUUUGCUACUGACAUGUCCACGUACUCAGAUCAUUUAUACAGCACGGUUCAACAAUUUUUGCAAGUAUUUCCUGAACUGAGAACUGCUCCCCUUUACAUAGCAGGAGAGUCGUACGCUGGAAAAUAUGUCCCCGCAUUAGGAAUAAUGCUGCAUAGAAAUAAAAAUACGUCUGGAAAGGAAACUAAUUUAAAAGGCCUUAUGAUGGGUAAUGCUUUCAUUGAUCCAGACAUGUUAAAAAAUAUUGUACAGCCAUUUUACAACUUUGGUCUCCUGGAUCAAGAACAGCUGGAUAUGGUUAACCCUUUAGUAACUCAAUUUCAGGAGGCUAUUGACUCUAAUAACAGUAUCGCUACCAACCAGAAAUGGCAAACUUUGGUAUCCGUGCUGUUAAUCCUGUCCCAUCAGAAACAGGCCUACAAUUUUCUGAAGGAUGAUCUACAGAUAGGCCGUUACGUCGCCUUUCUCAAACUAUCCAAGAUAAAACGAGCUAUCCACGUUGGAGACAUACCCUUCUCGUAUAUCAAUGUGACAACAAAUUCAAAGAUGGCACCAGACUUCCUCAGCAGUUCAAAAGGGAUUCUCGAAGAACUUUUGGAACAUUACAGGGUUCUGACAUAUUGUGGUCAUUUGGAUCUGAUGUUGUCAUGUACAUCAGCUGGAAAAAAUCAUCGCACAUGGAAAUGGAGUAACAGUACAGAUUUUCACGAAGCAACUAGAUAUCCUUAUGUCUUCGAGAGAAAACCAGCUGGGUAUUAUAAGUCUGGCGGAGGGUUGACAGAGGUCGUGGUACGAGGUGCUGGUCACAUGGUGCCCGUGGACCAGCCAGCGUCGGCGCAGUCGAUGGUGUCCCGGUGGAUUAAAGAACAGCCGCUGAGUCCAUUCUUUAAUGGGAUCCAGUCAUACAUCGUCAAAGAAUAUAUUAAAAAUAAUACUCAAAUUUAUCUUUGAAAUUAUAUAAUAAUAUAGGCAUAUCUUAAUAUACAUAUCAAUAAAAUUGAUGUUUGAA